AACUUUGUGCGGUACUCGGUCCGCGUCGCGAACAACCGGAGCCGAAUCUCCGAUUAGAUGUCAAAGAUAACUGCUCCAGCUGGCCUCCUGUCUCGGUCAUUUCCCACACAUGACAUCAGAUUAAUCACCGAAGACCUCAUUAUUCGGGAUUAACCCGUUGUGAUAAGAUGCAUAGACUACCUACCAUGUUGAGAGGAGUUGCCCUGCGCCAGUUGCAGGCGCGCACUUAUGCCAAAGACGUGCGUUUUGGAGCAGAGGUUCGUGCUUUGAUGUUGCAAGGCGUGGACAUUCUGGCGGACGCCGUCGCCGUAACGAUGGGCCCUAAAGGACGCAACGUUAUCUUGGAACAGAGCUGGGGAAGCCCAAAGAUCACGAAGGACGGCGUGACUGUGGCCAAGGGCAUCGAAUUAAAGGACAAGUUUCAGAAUAUCGGAGCUAAGUUGGUGCAGGACGUGGCUAACAAUACCAACGAGGAAGCUGGAGACGGCACCACAACCGCAACCAUAUUAGCUAGAGCGAUAGCCAAAGAGGGAUUCGAGAAGAUCAGCAAAGGUGCCAAUCCUAUAGAAAUCAGACGAGGUGUGAUGUUAGCAGUAGACAAAGUCAAAGACGAGUUGAAGACGCUGAGUAAACCUGUCACGACACCCGAAGAGAUCGCUCAAGUGGCAACGAUAUCCGCUAACGGCGACAAAGCCGUCGGCAACUUGAUCUCGGACGCCAUGAAGAAAGUCGGAAAGGAAGGAGUAAUCACUGUGAAAGACGGCAAAACGCUCACCGACGAGCUGGAGGUCAUAGAAGGGAUGAAGUUUGACAGAGGCUACAUUUCGCCGUACUUCAUCAACUCCAGUAAAGGCGCCAAGGUCGAGUUUCAAGACGCGCUUCUUCUCUUCAGCGAGAAAAAAAUCUCUUCCGUUCAGAGCAUUAUACCCGCCUUGGAACUGGCAAACUCGCAACGCAAACCUCUCGUUAUAAUCGCCGAGGAUGUGGACGGCGAGGCUCUGUCGACCCUCGUUGUUAAUCGUCUGAAAAUCGGGCUGCAAGUGGCUGCGGUUAAGGCUCCCGGAUUCGGUGACAAUAGGAAAGCUACCCUUCAGGAUAUGGCGAUAUCUACUGGCGGCAUUGUGUUCGGCGAUGACGCAAAUCUCAUCAAAUUGGAAGAUGUUCAGCCAAGCGACUUGGGUCAGGUAGGAGAAGUUAUAAUCACAAAGGACGAUACUCUCAUUCUGAAAGGAAAGGGAAAGAAGUCUGAUAUUGAUAGGAGAGCUGAUCAGAUCAGGGAUCAGAUCGAAAACACCACGUCCGAUUAUGAAAAGGAGAAACUGCAGGAACGUUUGGCAAGGUUGGCGUCCGGUGUUGCCGUUCUGAGAGUUGGCGGAAGCAGCGAGGUGGAAGUUAACGAGAAGAAGGACCGUGUGCACGACGCACUCAACGCUACUCGCGCCGCCGUCGAGGAGGGAAUCGUUCCCGGAGGUGGCACCGCGUUAUUGAGAUGCAUACCGGCGCUACGACAGCUGAAGGCUGUGAAUGGCGAUCAGGAGACCGGAAUCAAUAUCGUGGCGAACGCUCUGCGUAUGCCAUGUCUGCAAAUCGCGCAGAACGCCGGCGUCGAUGCCAGUGUUGUGGUGGCCAAAGUAAGCGAGGGCAAGCUCGGCUACGACGCCCUGAAAGGCGAGUACGUUGACAUGAUCGAAACAGGCAUCAUCGAUCCCACGAAAGUUGUACGCACGGCACUUACGGACGCUGCCGGCGUGGCGUCGUUGCUGACGACGGCGGAGGCGGUGGUCACUGAGAUACCCAAGGAGGAACCGCAAUCGCCGAUGGGCGGUAUGGGCGGUAUGGGUGGAAUGGGCGGCAUGGGUGGCAUGAUGUAAAGAGAGAAACGCAAAGACUGAGCAAAAGAGACAGUCAGUGUUGCGAUCUUGUUCGUAAUGAAACGUGAUUAUGCUGCGCGAAACAUUGUUCAAAUAGUUCCAAACGUUGAUUCCGUUCGAACGGAAUAGAAGAGAUAUCCGGUCUUGUACAAUUUGUACUUUGAAACAUUACAGGCGAUAAAAUACCACUCGUGUAUUAUGAAACACUGUUCCCUUUUGUUUUGCUGUAAUUAUUGUUACAGAAUCCAUAUGAGAUCGCUUGUUUUAUUUUAUUCAAUAAACGCAUGCGGUGCAUACACACAAAUGUUUCAAAUACAAAUGCAUUUACUAAUGUAUAAAAAAAUAACUACGUGAAACGAACUUGUUAACAUGUUUAUAAAGAAUGUAGAAAUACGAUGAAUUGACAAUUCAACCAAUUACACGAUAAUAAUUUUUAAACCAAUUUAUUCUGUCCAUCGUUAUGUUCCCGAUAUUUCAGAUUAUAAUUGUUUCACGAAAACCAGACACGAGAACGAGUAGUUUGUUCAAUAUUUUAUACAGUUUUCUAGUUAUAGUAAUCAUUAAAGACGCAAAUGUAAAAAUGAAUAUGUAUUAACUGUGUGAGAGGUUAAUUAUUUAGGCUUUCAUAAUUUUGUAAUUGUUGAAUUUAUUUUCCGUCUAAAUAAAUGUAUGUUUAAAUUACAAUUACAAUGUCCCCAUGCGCGGUACUUAACAUUAUAAGUUAUAUGGCAAAUGAGCAAAUAAUUAAGAAGAUUGAUAAGUACAGAGAGAAGAGUUUUAUUAGAAUGAAUAUAAAUAUAUAUUAUUACAUUAUUAUUAA